CUGACAGCAAAAUAUAAUAAUCAUCCUUGUGAGAGCAUAGAAUCAUUUGAAAAUGCUUACAAAAACAACCUUUUUUAAUGGUAUUGAAUCAAAACUUUGAAUAACAUAAAGUGGACAACUUGCAUGUCCCUUUUUGUUCCUACAAUAUAUAUAUAUUUUAUUAAUUGUGGUAAUUUUAGGGCUAAGAAAUAAAAUGUCAAUGAAAUAGCUGUUGUUUCCAAAAAGAUUACAACUUUUAUUAUUAGAAUGUAUAUCUACGAUUAGUAAGUGGAAAGAUGCAAUUAUGCUUUAUAUCAAGAUAAUCCAAGGUAAGAAGUACAAAAAUUAUAAAAAGAUUCCCCUCAAUAACAGAAGAUAUUAAAGGAGCAUGUUUAGUUCGCAAAAGACGAAGUCAUGAAGAAGAAAAUUUGCAUUUAGAAUAGGUAUCUUUUAUUUAUAUUAAAAUACUAGAAAUUAUUAUCAAAAAUUUAUAUAGUUGAUUAAGAUGAAAUUUUUGAGAAAUUCUGUUUAUAAGGUUCUUUAGAAGACAAUUUAAAUUUAUUGAUGGAAUGCUCAAAUGGUCUUGCAUUUUCUUCAUAACCAAAAGUCUCAUAUAAUUGUAUUACAAAAUAAUUUAUUGUCAAUGAUGCUAUUUGGUUUAAUCCAAAAACAUUUUAAUCCUGUAGUGGAUGGAUUAUAAAUGAAUUUGAAAAAGCAAUUGCAUUAUUGUAUAAAAUAAUUUGUAUUAAUAUCAUAGAUACUAUUAAUAUUAAUAAGGAUGUAUAGAGGAUAAUAAUUAAAAUAAGAAUGAUGACCUUAAAAGAUUUUGGAUAUAGGAUUUUGAAUUAAGAAAUAAGAUUCUCAAUUAAAUUCCUUAGAUUUGUAAGGAGUUCAAGAAUGCUCCUAAAAAAAAAAAUUCUAAAUAAGAAUAUAUUUUAUGGACUUAACUAAUUUUAAAAUAAGCUUCAUAUUAAAAUGAUAAAUAAAUUAAUAUAGAUUAAAAUUGUUAAAUGAUGUUUUUAUCAAUUAAUGAAAAGGAUGUUUCUACAAUAUUUAUUAAUAAUGAAUUAGAAAUAAUGAAUUAUAUGCCUCUGGAAUAAGUUUUAACAAUAUAAAGAUUAUGUUAAAAAAGAAUAUUAAGACUCAUAAGAGAUCAUUAUAAGGAGAAAUUAAUGAAAGAUAUAUAAGAAAUUGAAGGUAAGGAAAAGAGGAAAACAAUAGAAUUAAAAAAAAAAUCAAAAAAACAUAAAAAAUAGAAAAAUAAGAAUGAAUAAAAAAAAUUAAAUAUGAAUUAAGAGAAAUGUAAUAGUUUUGAGUUAGCUGAUAAGUAAGAUACAACAUAAGAUGAAGUGCAUUGUAAUGAAUAUGAAUUAGAAAAAAAUACAAAGUAAUAUAUAAAGAUUAUCUUUUAAAGUUCAUUUUAAGAGAUUAGAACAAAUGUUCAAGAUUCUGUAAAAUCAGAUAUGAUUUAAAAUAAUAAAUAAGAAUAGAAUUUAAUUGAAGAAGUCAAUCAAAUACUUGAUGCUGAAACGAUUAUAGACUUGAGUAAUAAUAUUUAGAAUGAUGACGAUGAAAAUUGGGUUGUUAUAACUGCACCUAAAAAAUAAAAAAAGAAGUCUAAUCGUAAAUUUAAAUCAUCAUAAGACAACGAAUACAAAAAUUAAUAAUCUUCUUAGAAACAAAAUCCCCCAACAUUUAUUGAAUCUUCUGUUUAAACAAAAUCUCAUAAUUAAGAACUUUUUUUGAGCUAAAAAAGCUAAAAAAGUAAUACAUAGGUUAUUGAAACUGUAAAAUAAGAAGUGUUGAUGGUUAAAACAGAGAAAAAUACAAAAUAGGAAAAUAAAGAAAUUGACAAUCGAUCAUCAUAAAAUUAAAAUAAAAUGAAUCAAACAUGUUUAUCAAUAUUAGAAGAAACAAAAAAUAUUAAUCCUACUCUAUAGUUAUUAUAAUUGGUAGAUUUAAGCAUUUAAGUUCCAUAAGAAUCUGAGAACUUAUUAUAAAAAAAUAAUAAUUUAAAUAAUCAAUAUGAAGUUUAAAAUACAAUUAAUAAAUAACCAAAAAAAGAAGAUGAUCAAAUUGAUUAUGUUAUAAUGAAUUAAGCAAAAGUAUUAAUGAUUAAAAAACUUGAUAUGGAUAUGAGAGAAUUUAAUGAUAUAAUUUUAAGUUAGAAUCAAUAAAUUUUAAAAUUAAGAAAAAUAAUUUAUGACAGAUUAUAAUUUGUUAUAAAUUAUCUUUUUAAAGGUUUCACUCAUCAUAUAUAAUAGCUAGACUUUAAUUCUUAAGUGCGUCUUUUUGGUUCAUGUGCAACUGGUUUAUCUUUAUAAGAAAGUGAUAUUGAUAUAGGAAUAACAGGAUUUGAGAUGUGUCCAAAUUCGUAAUUAAAUAUACCUAUUUAAAAAAUAACAGAAUUUCUAUAAAAAAUGAGAUGGGUUAAAAAUAUAGUGUAAUCUAAUUUAUAUUUUUAUUUAGUGCAAUUACAUCCUCAAUUAUGCCAUUAAUAAAAUUACAGGUAGACCCUACUAUUUCUUUUGUUUAGUCAUCUCUGCCUAUAGGUUUACCUUAUAUAGAUUUAAUUAUAAAGUAAUAAAUUUAAAUAUUAAUAAAGUCCUGAUGACGAUAUUCAUAGAUAAAUAUUUAGUGUUGAUAUAAGUUUUUUUUAAUAUACAGGUCCUAAAUAAAAUCAUCAUUUAGGCUUAAUUUCAACUGAAUUAACUUUAUAAUGGCUUUCCUUUUAUAGUGAAUUGAGACCAAUUAUAUUAUUAUUUAAAAGUUUAUUGAAAAAAAGGGGGUUGAAUGAUUAGUAUAAAGGUGGAAUAUCUUCAUUUUGUAUUAUUCAAAUGGUUUUAGCAUUUCUAGAAUGCUUUUAUCAUUAACAUUAAGCUUCAUCAAUAGGAUUCACAACUUAUAAUUUUUUGAAGUUUUAUGGAACUGAAUUUGAUCCAAAAACAACUGGUAUUAGUUAUAAAGGUUUUAAUGAAAAGUAAUAUAUUAUUAUUUAGUUAUAGUCCAUUUUAUGAUUUAAAUGAAUUUGAUGAUUAAUCUGAGAUUACAAUAGUGUCUCCGAUUACAAAUGAAAUAAUUAGUUCUGCCUCAUCAUUUGUUUUAACAAUAUUAUAAGAUUUAAAAGGUUUGUAUUAAGCAACAGAAAAUGAAAUAACCUUUUUUUAUGAGAAACUUAAAUACAAUAAAAAGAAGAAAGGAAAGAAAGAAGAACGAAAUUUAUUUUAAAAGGAAUUGAAUAGACUUCGACCUCUUUUUAGUAAUACUGUAUAUAAUAAAACUUGA